GAUUUUCAAAAGAAAAAUUAUGAGACAAAUUUUUGGUCCCUAUGCAUACAAGGAGAAUAGAAGAUAAGGACAAAUCAGGAGCUGAAUGAACUGUUGAAGCACGAGGAUAUUGUACGUUUUAUUAAGGCUAGAAGAAUUAGCUGCCUAGGACACGUGGAAAGACUGCCUGAUGAAAUAGUAAUGAAAAGUAGGGAGGAAUUUUCCAGACAAAGGAAAAUUGGACAACCAAGGAAACGGAAAUGUGACGUGGAAGGAGAUUUAAAGAGGAUGGGAGUGGUGAACUGGAGGGAAAGAUUGAAGGAUAGAGAGGAUUGGAAAAAGGUUUGAAGGAGGCCAAGGACCACCUCCGACCAUAGAGCCCGUUACUAAGUAAGUUUCCUUUUUAUUACGAAAUCAAAGUAGCGCUGGUGCUUUGGCUUCUUUCCCCAGCUACAAAAGGGUCAUCAUUUCUCUAUAGGAACUUUGUUCAUCCUGCAUUCUUGAAAAGAGAAAGUGAGAUUGAUGAAAUGUUGGCAAAAGCUAAGGAAAGGGGUUACAGCACUGUCGUCAGCCUUGGUAGUAAAGGUGUAACAUAUGCAACAAAUGUAAUACUGCAAACUGCAAUGAAAGGUGGCGGAGGUUUGGUUGAACAUAUUAGAAAAAGCUACAGUUUGACCGACCUUGCUCCGAGGAAAAGCGACAGAUUCAUUCGCCCAGAUGAAGCUGAUGCAGGGCCAGUGAGAGAAGAAGACGAUGAAGUACCUGAAAGGCCAGUCCUUCGACGAAGACCUAUAGGAUCUCCUGGUGUAGACAUGAGGUUUAAAGAAUUUGACGUAAACAUGAGGCAGUUACAGGCUUCUUCAGGUCCUCUUAAUGAUAUUCAGUCAACAGAAGAUAUUAGUUCAGGAUAUUCUAGCACUGAUCAGCUGUAUACGAGUCCUUCUGAAAUGAUGCUUACUAGAUCAUCAUCUGUUACCAGAGGACGUGGUGGCCGCACAUCUAGGUCUACCCAACAGAAAAAAAUUCCUUUGACAGAAGAAAUUGAAGAUGAAGAUGAAGCCAGCGAAGUCAUUCCCGAAUCUUAUCCUUUACCAUCACCAUCCCAUGAUAUCUCUUCUAUCAUUAGAAAAUUUUCCAUCCCACUUACAAAUGAAGAUAUUCCCGUUAAAGUAAAGGAUUUGACGUCUCGUUAUGAAGCACAAAGCUCCUCAUUAAUAGAUCAAAGUCCUUCUACGCUUAGCUGUGUCUCUCAGAGCUCACUGGCUUCACUUUCAAGCGAGAAGUCUGAUAGGAAAGGUAGAUAUGGAAAAUAUCAAGCUCCAAAGCCACCGAGCCAAGAUACAAUUUUAAUUAGCGAAAGUUUAAAGUUCUAUGAAAUGAGCAGUCAUUUUGACAAUAAAAUGAUCUCUAAUAAACUGAAAUCGGCUGUUAAUGAAACUCAGUCAGUUGUCAACAUUAAACAUUCGUCAAAGGAAAGCAAUUUGCAAGAUAUUCUGGUUCCUAAUGCAAAUGAAAUAUUGAGGAGAGAUGAAGAUAAUAUAAAAUUGAUAUCUGAGGGUGAAAAACCAUUUGAAACUACUGUGUAA